CAUAGUUCCAAGCGCCAAAGGCCUUCUGUUCGCAUCCUGUCCGGUAAAGAUAGCGGACGGCUACGGAACCUAGCUCAAGCUUAUAUUUCCUUAAAUAUACAAAUAAACAUCCAUUAAAAUAAACCAGACGCCUUGGAUUUAUAAACACACAGCAUAAUGAUCCGAUUUAUCCUCAUCCAAAACCGGGCAGGGAAGACCAGACUGGCGAAGUGGUACAUGCAGUUUGACGAUGAUGAAAAACAGAAGCUUAUUGAAGAGGUUCAUGCUGUUGUGACAGUUCGUGAUGCCAAACACACCAACUUUGUAGAGUUCAGAAACUUCAAAAUCAUUUACAGGCGGUACGCUGGCCUGUACUUCUGUAUCUGUGUAGAUGUUACGGACAAUAACCUGGCUUACCUGGAGGCUAUUCACAACUUUGUUGAGGUUUUGAAUGAAUAUUUCCACAAUGUGUGUGAAUUAGAUCUGGUCUUCAAUUUCUACAAGGUGUACACGGUGGUGGAUGAGAUGUUUCUUGCGGGAGAGAUCAGAGAAACUAGCCAGACCAAGGUCCUCAAACAGCUCCUUAUGUUGCAGUCUCUGGAGUAGAGAGCUCAUUGGUGUCUACCCCUGUCAAUCAAUUAUCCACUAUUGCAGCAGGACCCCUCCCACCCCUGCUUGCAACAAGCCAUGAUGUGUGCGUGUGUGCGUGUGCGUGUGUGUGUAUGGGUGUAGUCGUGCUAAACUCCAACCACAAACAUUUCACCUUUUCUUUAAAAUCACUUCCAAGUAUAUUGCGAUUCAAUGACUCUGCAGUUAAAUUUGAAAGAAGCACUUGUAAGAUUCCCUGGUUAUUUAGUAUUGACCUAAAUACUUCCCAGUAUGCUUUGGCAAUGUCAGAAUUGAAUACUUGAGCAAUUUUAUAGCACAGUAGAUUUGAAAGAGUCUGGCAACCUCUCCAAGCACAUUCAUUAACACUAAACCUAGAUAAUGGCUAUCGUGUUGCCCAAUAACUGCUGUGGCAUUGAAGCGUCAUCUACACUACUAACAAAAACAGCAAUCUCAGCAAUGUUAAACCCUGAUUAUACCGAAUCAUUCCUCCCUGAACAUGUCAAGGCAAUAAUCUGCUGUGGCCUGGCAGGCCAUUUAAUAAAAUCCAUUACAAAUUCAAAUUAAAUGUUAGUGAUGGAUGAAACACACAAUUUAGUCUCAAAUAUAUUGUGCUACUUGCGUAAAGCAGUACUGUGAAUCUUGUUUUUGUAUUGUGUACAUACACAUGAUAUAUGCAGAUAUUUUAAGUGUAACUAACCAGUCAUUCCAGUCAUCUAAACAAGUCUCUGUUGCUACUUGUUGUGCAUUGAAAUCUGUUGGCUGUGUGGAGAACUAGAGCCAGUGAUUAGGGAGCGGUUUACAGAACAAGGUUACAGUAGAAGAAUGAAGCUUGGGGAAAUGACAAAGAUGGUCUACUUUUAAUUUCCCCUUUUGUGGAAAUUGUCCAUUUGCUCCAAUAGCUCUAUGGCAACUGCUCGGCCUUACAACUUUCCAUUACAGUUAGAUUCAAAGUUACAAUGAGACUUUAUUUUGUAUUUGUAUGGUUUGUGUCGUCUUUUUGUCCAAAUUUAAUCAAAAAUAUUCCAUAUUUGCCGAUUAAUCCAUGUAAGAUCGCAGAGUAAACAUUGAUAUAAGUGGUGUUACUCUUGUAUGUGUUCCUUAAAGUGUAUAUAUAUUAAUGAAGGUGAAAUCAAGAAAAUAAACAUGAAGUUAAAAUAUA